AUGGUUCCUUCAUUUAUUGCGAUAGUUGCUAUAGUAGCAUGUGCAUUCAGUUUUGUGGAGGCCAACCUCCAUCGGAAAAGCUGUGUUGUCAAAGGCGGGCAAAGCAAAGAGAUAGAUGAUGCCCCGGCGAUCUUGCAUGCCUUCAAGGAAUGCGGCCAGCACGGAAGGGUUCUUUUCGAACCUCAAACCUACUAUGUGAACUCGGUUAUGAAUGUCUCUUGGCUGAAGGAUGUUGAUAUUGAGAUUCACGGGACGCUUGAGUGGAGCACGGAUAUAAUGUACUGGUUGAACAACUCAAUGGAUGUUGGGUAUCAGAAUCAGUCAACGGCAUUCAUUAUUGGCGGUGAUAAUGUCCGAAUCAAUGGCUUUGGCACAGGUACAUUUAAUGGCAACGGUGACGACUGGUACAAAUGGAUCAGACAGCAGGAAAACACGUCCAAUUAUCCAGAUCGUCCUCAUGCUUUGACAUUGAGUCGCCUCACAAAUUCCGCCAUUCACGGGCUCAGAUUCUUGAGAAGCCAGAUGUGGACAAUGUCUAUCAUCCACUCUCACAACGUGGUCCUCGAUAGUAUCUUUGUCAACAAUACGGGUAAUUCCGCACAAAGCUCCAACACCGAUGGUGCAGAUACAAUUUACUCGUCUCAUGUUGUGUUUAAUAAUUGGACUGUUUACAACGGCGAUGACAGUAUCUCUCUCAAAGCAAACAGCACCGAUAUAACGAUCAGCAAUUGCAAACUGAGGAAUGGACUCGGUAUUGCCAUAGGAAGCAUUGGGCAAUACAAAGGUCAAUUCGAAACAGUUGAUAGGGUUUCAAUAAAUAACAUUGACUACGAGAAUACAUUGCACGCGGUGAGCGAUCCGAAUGAUGCCUUGAAAGAACACAUGCUGAUUAUGAAUAUUCAGUUCUAUGUGAAGACAUGGACAGAUGACCAAAAUGGCUACCCACCCAAUGGAGGUGGAGGAGGGCUGGGCUAUCUAUCUGGCGUCGAAGUCACGAAUCUGAAGGCAACGGGACUUCGGGGGGCCGCCUUUGCAGUUUCGCAAUGCACGCGGUUUUCUGGGGCUCCAGGUGUAGGAAAUUGCACAAAUUCUCAAUUCCAGAUCAAGGAUGUGGCGAUCCAAAAUCUAUCUGGUACCACGAAGUCAACAAGAGUGGCUAGUCUUCAAUGCAGUGCCAUUGCGCCAUGCACCAACGUUACCAUCGCCAACGUGGACCUUCAUCUCGCUAAUAACACGGAGGCAAAUAGCUAUCUUUGCGGGAAUGUUAUCAAUCCGAUGGGCUUCAUGUGCACAGGGGAUGUUUGUGUGGGUGGCAGUGCUACUGGGGAAUGCUAA